AUGGCGGCCCUUGCUUCGGCUGUGGUCCGGUUUCCGUUGGCUUUUAACUGCCAGUUGUGCGGUGCGGCGCGUGAGUUGCCGCGUGGGGUCGUUGCGCCGUUGACGUUGGAGUUGACCUGCGCGCAUCUUGGCGAGGCCUGUGUGCCACCACCCAGCCAGACUGCGUCGGCAUCACUCCGUGGCAAACGCCACCGAUCCAGCUCAUCGGCCUCAAGCACUGGUGCACGCUCUGAGGACAAACCUGCCAAUGUCGGUGUGAUCGAGACUCGCUCACUGCCAACAAUAGACGCCAACGUGCUCGUGACGGUGGGCAAAACAGAAUGGCCCGGGCGUGUGAUGGAUAUCAACGUUGAGCAACAGACCUGUCUGAUCCGGUUUGCGGGAUCUGGCAAAGGCUCUGAAACUUGGCACGAAUUGGCUGAUAUCCAAGUCAUUGGUGAAAUGCAACGCAGUCGGCGGCGAGGCAGUUCUUAA